AUUAAACAUAUGGUUGAAACUUAUGGCAUGUAUUUAUCCAUUUUUUGACUACAACAAGAAAUUAAAAACCCAAGUACUACUAGGAGUGAAUACUACAUUGCAUAGUACAACUUUUUUUUUAAUGAUAUCAAUCAAUUAUAUCAAACAAAACCCAAAACCAAAACCAAAUUUUCUCUCCAUCAAUUAGAGCCAUGGGAGAAAAAGAGAAGAACAAGAACAACAAGAAGCAAAAGCAUCAACAUCCAAAUUCCCAAACAACCAAACAAACCUCAGAUUUCUCCUUCAAACCAACCUCAGAGGUAAAAGGUAUAAGAUUUGGUGGCCAAUUCAUAGUAAAAUCAUUCCCAAUCAGAAGAGCAAAACCCUUAGAGCUUCUCAAAGUUCUUUCUUUCCCAACAACAAACAAAUCCAAAUCUCACAAACUUCCUUUCCCUUCCACAACAGCAUUCUUGCCAACAAACUUCACAAUCCUAGCACAUCAAGCAUGGCACACACUAACCCUAGGACUUGGUUCCAAGAAGUCUAAAGUUCUUGUCUUUGUGUUUGAAACCGAAGCUAUCAAGUGUUCUGUUGAUAGAAUUUGGCCACAUGAAAUAGCACUUGGUGAGGUGAACAAGAAACUCAUAAAGGGUCUGUCUGGUUUUGAAAUGGCGAGAUUCAAAUUCAGAAAAGGGUGUUUGACUUUUUAUGUGUAUGCUGUUAGAGAAAUUGGAAGCUUUGGUUUUCUUUGUGCGGAAGAUUUGAAGAUUGUUCUUGAAUCUGUUGUGGAACUUAAGGAUUUCUUGGAUCAUACUGUUAUGCUUUCUAUGACAAAUCAAAGAAGCAUUAGUUACUCUAAAUCUCAAUCUCAAAAUCAAAAUCAGGUUGCAAUGGCUCAUUGAUUAAUCUUGUUAUUUUAUUAAUGAUAUGUUUAAUUCUUAUAUACAUAUUCAUCAUUCUUGUUUUAGGAUAUGAAUUUGUUAACAUGUUUUGUUUCUUAGUAUUUGUUUAUUUGUUGAUUAUGUUUUUUUUUUGAAUUUGGAGAGAAAAAAAAGUGUAAUUUAGAAUGAAUAAUUUUGGUGUUUGGAUUGAGUUGAGGUUGAAUUUGUCAUUUUCACUGACAUUUAUUGAUGCAAAAAUUUGUUAAUUAGCAA